GAGCGGGCUCGCCGCGCCUGAGCAACCCCUGCCUGCCGCUGUCGCCUCCGCCGCCGCUGGCCCGGACUCCUCCGGAGCGCAGGGUGUCUGCCCAGCAGCGCACAGCGCGCGGAGGCUCCGGCGCCUGGCGCUGCGCCCUCCAGCCCCCGCUCCUCGCGCCGGCCCGCGCGGGUCCCGGCGGGCGCGAACCCACCAUGCAGCUGCAGUUCCGGAGCUGGAUGCUGGCUGCGCUCACGCUGCUCGUGGUCUUCCUCAUCUUCGCAGACAUCUCGGAGAUCGAAGAAGAAAUCGGGAAUUCUGGAGGCAGAGGUACAAUCAGAUCGGCUGUGAACAGCUUACAUAGCAAAUCUAAUAGAGCUGAAGUUGUAAUAAAUGGCUCCUCAUCGCCAGCUGUUGUUGACAGAAGUAAUGAAAGCAUUAAGCACAACAUCCAGCCAGCCUCGGCCAAAUGGAGGCACAACCAGACGCUCUCGCUGAGGAUCAGGAAGCAAAUCUUAAAGUUCUUGGAUGCUGAAAAGGACAUUUCUGUCCUCAAGGGGACCCUGAAGCCUGGAGACAUUAUUCAUUACAUCUUCGACCGAGACAGCACGAUGAACGUGUCCCAGAACCUCUACGAGCUCCUCCCCAGAACCUCUCCACUGAAGAACAAGCACUUCCGGACUUGUGCCAUCGUGGGCAACUCUGGGGUCUUGCUGAACAGCGGCUGCGGGCAGGAGAUUGACACUCACAGCUUUGUCAUAAGGUGCAACUUGGCCCCGGUGCAGGAGUACGCCCGGGAUGUGGGGCUCAAGACAGACCUGGUGACCAUGAACCCCUCCGUCAUCCAGCGGGCCUUCGAGGACCUGGUCAACGCCACAUGGCGGGAGAAGCUACUGCAGCGGCUGCACAGCCUCAAUGGCAGCAUCCUGUGGAUCCCCGCCUUCAUGGCCAGGGGUGGCAAGGAGCGCGUUGAGUGGGUCAACGAGCUCAUCCUGAAACACCGCGUCAACGUGCGUACCGCAUACCCCUCUCUGCGCCUGCUGCACGCCGUCCGCGGAUAUUGGCUGACCAACAAAGUCCACAUCAAAAGACCCACCACCGGCCUCUUGAUGUACACUCUGGCCACUCGUUUCUGCAAUCAGAUCUACCUCUAUGGCUUCUGGCCCUUUCCGCUGGAUCAGAACCAGAACCCCGUCAAGUACCACUAUUACGACAGCCUCAAGUACGGCUACACCUCCCAGGCCAGCCCCCACACCAUGCCCUUGGAGUUCAAGGCCCUCAAGAGCCUGCACGAGCAGGGGGCUUUGAAACUGACUGUCGGCCAGUGCGAUGGGGCCACGUAAGGUGGGCGUCCCGUGAGACUCAGUGGCUCACAUUUCCUGCCAGCUACACCACAGGCAGAUGGGAGUCGGGGUGGCACAAACUAUAGAACAAGCAGGCUAGUGGUUUUCUUUGUUCAAGUGUAAAACAGUGACCAGAAUAUAUAUAUCUAUACCUGCAUAUAUAUAUUGACCUGAGUAUUUAUAACUGUGUGGUGUUUAUCUAGCAUUAGGCAGAUAAGCCACAGGAAGAAGGUGUGGAGAACCCACUCGAACUGGAUUGAAACUCAGUCCAUCUUUGGGGGCAGAAGGACUUGACAUGAAAAGAAGUCAGUCCCAUGACUUUGAAUGACUAACUGCCUCCUGGCUUGGAGGGAUCUUUGGGCUCAUGGUUGAAUGGAGAGCCACCUGUUGGGAGCUGCCCCGAGCCUCUGGGAAAUGUGGAUUCUGGGUGAGCCGAGACCCAGAGGGGACAACUUAAGCCAAGUCUAAAAUGGUGCUGUUCAUGGAGGAGAGGGAGGUUGGAGCAUUCAGCUCAGCAAAGGAGCACAGGGACACCAAGAAGCAGAGGGCACGUCACAGCUGAGGACCUUGUCCCACGAACUCAACUGCCCACAGGAUGGAUCACAGUUGACUCACCUGUCCCCGAUGGGCCUCCACAGCUAUGGAGAGAAGGCUAGAGAAGACACGGUGGAUGGUUCAUCUUCUGCCUUAGCAAGAACCACCAGGAACCUGGGAUGGAGCGGGCAGAUGCCACUGACAAGCUGGGGUGUUCCAAUCCGUGUUUUUGAAAAAUCGUGACCUCCUGCUAAGGCUUGGCCCUCCACCCCAGAAUAAGGCAGAAGAGUGUCCAAAAUGUGGUGGUUGUGGUGGGUGUCCUUUAAAGCAACUUGAGUCUGCUAAGGAAAAAGGGCCACUGAGAUUUCAUCUUCAGAGUUAGCCUCCUUCCUGCCCUGUUAGAAUGUCACAUGGGGGACUGUACCGUCUCCUUCUGCCACCAGGGAAGCCACAGCAAAAGCUUGAAAGGGCACUGCAAAGAUAAAUGUCAUCCUUUUAAAAAUAUAUAUGAUUGCCUUUCUGGGUGCCAAAACCCCAGAGUAUGAGACUUGAACGAAUGUUCAGCAUCUCACUCCAUUUCUCUGCAACCACGCUCUCUGUUUCCUUUCUGCAUUGCGCACUCCACGGGGCCUUGCAGCCAGACUGCUGUGGCAACGUCACUUUCUUGUCACUUUUCUAUCCUGAUGGUCACACUAGCUGGCACUGAGCUCCAACACUGAGAUUUUCAAUUCUGCAGGGAGAGGCUCCCGUGUCCACCCCCACCCCCCUCUCCCCACAGAGGCAAUGAUUUUAGAAUUUUGCAAAGUCUUUUUUUUCCCCUGUGAAGAUUAAUAGUUAAGACUUUUUUUUUUUAACCCAAAGCCAAAUGCAGUAUCCAAAUACUGGACAUAAUCUCCCUGGGGAAAUCUGGGCUCAGUGCCAAUAACUUAGGGGCUGAAAUCACAGGUCACAUAUAGACAAGCAUGAGCCAGCUUGAUUUGUUAGAUGUGUUCCCUCGCCUGAUAAAUAACAGUGUUUUAGAACAUAUUUGAAAGUUAAGUAAAAAACCAUUAUCUUGAAGGUGAAGGGAGUUAAGAAAAGUAAUCAAGAUCUGCUCCCAAGCAUAUGAGACUGGACAUAAUUAAUCAACGGCAACUCAGAAUGGGACGUUUGGUCUAAACUAAUGGCUGAUGGGAAGCGAGUGGAGGGGGCGGAAGGAUAUUCAGACCCGUUAACCCCACAGGCGGGAGCUCCGGCUCCAGACCAGUUACACAUCUCUGUGUUUCCUUCCUUGUUGUUCUGGAUGCUGGAAGUUUGAGAUUUGGGGUUUGCAUUAUAAAAUGAAUAUUUAAAAAAGCAACAGCCCUAACCGCCUCUGUGGGAACUAAGUGGUUUGGACUCCUCACAAGAAGCGGAAAUAAUUAGUAUCGUAUUUUACACUUCUCCAGAGCCUUUCAUGUUGAGGAUCUCAGAGGCCUUGGAAGACGUUUAAUUUCUGAAGCUUGCGGUGCCCUGGGUAGCACGCAGAAUUGUCAACAGGGCGUCAGUGGAUUAGCCAAGGUCUUGGGUUCCAGGACGUUCCAGUGGUGAGUUCUGAGGGGAGCCCUGAGGUCAGGUCCGUCCACCUGCCCGCACCCUCCCUGAGGAGUUUAAGGGCCAGAGCUCUUUGGAAAACAUGGUUUGCUUUCUCUCCCAUCUUGGUUCCUUCAACGGUAACUGAUGGCAGUUGAAGUGGAAGGAGCCCUUACAACCCGCCUUCCAUUUCUCUCCGGAGAAAGGCUGGAGACCCAGGUCAAUCCACCCGUCACCAUCCCCCAACUCGUGGGUCCUGAGCUGCCACAAUGCCUUGGCCAUGUGAUGGCAGGAGCUCCAGGGCCCUCGGCUUCCCUCCCUCCUCGUCCUUCUCCAUCUGGGCACGCACAGUCAGGAAGCGGCCUGGCCUUCCCUCGAGUUAGAGCUGUUUGAGUGAGGGUCCACUGUCGCCUCCGGCAUAGGCCGGCCAGCCUCAGGCUGCCCUGAGGAGUCCCAGCCAGCACCCGGUACCCCGAUCUGCUGCCUUGUAAUUACAGUUGUCACAGGCAUCCCAGGAGCAGGCCGUAGCCAGGUGACCCUUUCAGUCACCUCCUGUUGACCUUCAGCCAAUCCUCAGGCACCCCACCAUCACCCACCCGGAAGUCCCUCAGACGUUCUCCAUUCGCCUCAAGCCCCCAUACGACGCCCACCAUCAGCUUCCUCCUUCGCGGAAAAGGUGGAGCUUCUGAAAUGAGGCCUCUCCUCAGAAUCUCUUGAUCUCUUCCCUCUUCUUUCACCUUUUUCCUCCCAUUUCGAAGGAAGCAACGUCUGUCCUCUUGCCAGAGACAUUUUCUCCUACCCCUCAGCCACUCCUCUGCCCUCUCUCCUAUCUGUCCAUCAAUGCACACUCGUUCCACCCACCCUGGCUCCUGUGGACUCUUCCCUCACCUUCCCUUCACCACAGACCUGGGAAGGGGUCUCCGGGCUUGCUCUGCCUUACUUCCUGACCGCCUCUCAGCCUCCAUGCCCCCAGGACCAGCAACUUGGGACUCUCUGUGUGCCCAUGUCCAAAAGCCCCUUCUCAUCACCAGCUCUCUGCAUCACCUGGCUCUACAGUGACCCCUCCUGGACGCUACCUGUCCCCUUGGUGGACAAGACGCCAUGUUUUCAUGGUCUUUCUCCUCCCUUCCCAAGGACUAUUUGUCAUUUAUUUAUAUAUUUAUUUAUUUAUGUAUUUAUGAUUUAUUUAUUGACACUCUCACCUUGAUCCAAAAAGGAGCCGAGGUAGACCUGACAUUUCCCUCUCUCCUCCUUGCCCCACAGCAUAGCCGUUGCCCACAUUGGUGUCCUCUCCUCGGCCUGUUUCAUUACAUCCCUAUCCUCUCCAUCAGCAACCUCACGGCCUCCCUUGGGAUCCACCCUCCGUUCUUCCAGCAGCCCAGCCCCUCUCCCCAGUUCCAGGCUCAGUCUGCACGCUGCUCACUGGACAUUCACCCCUCCUGCUCCUGCAGCGCCACAAACUCAACACAUCUAAAGCCGAAUUUAUCGCCUCUGCCUCCCCUUCCUCCUCCUUGUUCUGUUAGAAGACCCAUGACCCUCUCAACCAUCCAAUUCAGAGACCCUAAAGUCAUCUUCCAACUCUCCUCCACGUAUUCCCACGAGCACCACCCUUGCCUUCUUGUGGUACGGCCAAUUUCAGCAGCUGUCUCCUCCCCCCGCUCCCCCAAGCUUUCCUCAGGAGUGCUUGCACAUUCUCCAGUCCAUCCUGAACAUGCAUAAGCAUUUCUAUCUCCAGCCAUUCACUAACUUUUCAAAGUUCCCCUGGCCCACAUUAAUGUACAAGUCUUCAUCCUGACAUUAUAGACCACCCAAUAAGGCCCCAUUCUUCCUUUAUCUCCUGCGCCAGUCCAUCUAGAAUAGUGUCAUUCCUGGAAGGAAGGGGUGCCCAGUUUUCCUGUCUCUGUGCCUUUGCUCUUGCCGUUCUCAUCUCCCGGAACACUCUCUUCUAUUUCCUUCAAGGCCCCGCAGAAACCACAUCUUUCAUGAUGCCCUUUCUGAUCUACCAACCACUGGGAUCUCUCCCUCCGCUGAACCACCGUAGCACUUUAUUUGUCCCUUUCUCAUGGCACUUACCAUAUUCUGCCUUGUAUUAUAGUUAUUGUGCACUUGUCCUAUGACCGUUUUUAGAUUGUAAGCUCGCCAAGGGCAGGGACUGUGUUUUCUUCAUCCGUGUCCAUCACAGCACCGGGGAUGGUGCAUAGCACACAGCAGUUGCUCAAUAAAUGUAUGUUGGUUU